AGAUCACGCACACCCAGCACUUUUCGACCAUAAAAGCUCUAUCCCUAUCAUUCUUUCGCUUGUUCUAUCACUCUCUCUACACUCUCAUGGAGUGCUCAACUCCCUUUCUAUGGGUUACUUUCACCAUUUUUAUGUCGUCUCCGUUGGUGGUACUUGCCAAACCGCCCUGUCAUUUUCCGGCAGUAUUCAACUUCGGUGACUCAAAUUCAGACACGGGCGGAUUGUCCGCAGUAUUUGGUCAGGCUGGUCCUCCUGCUGGCGAGUCCUUCUUCCACGGCCCCGCCGGUCGCUACUCCGAUGGCCGCCUUGUUGUCGACUUUAUAGCUGAGGCACUUGGGUUGCCAUACCUAAGUGCAUUCCUUGAUUCAAUAGGAACCAACUUCGUUCAUGGAGCGAAUUUUGCCACAGCAGGAUCAACCAUUAGACCACAGAACACAACUCUCAGACAGAGUGGGUUUAGUCCCAUCUCAUUAAACGUUCAGUUCUAUGAGUUCAAUGAUUUCCACCGGAGAUCCCAGAUUGUCCGUAACCGAGGAAGAAUUUACAGGAAAUUAUUGCCUAAAGCUAAAACAUUCCAACAAGCUUUGUACACGUUUGAUAUUGGCCAGAAUGAUCUCACUGCUGGUUACUUCUUAAACAUGACUGUUGAUCAAGUUAGAGCAUAUGUUCCUGAUGUACUCACUCAGUUCAAGACCGUCGUCUCGUCUAUAUACGAUCAAGGAGGUAGAUAUUUCUGGAUACACAAUACAGGUCCAGUUGGGUGCCUGCCAUACGUAUUGGAUCGAAAACCAGUUGCCCGUUCGGAGUAUGAUAGAGCUGGAUGUGCUACUCCAUUCAAUGAAGUGGCUAAGUUCUUCAAUGAGGGAUUAAAAGAAUUGGUAAACCAAUUAAGAGAUGAAUUACCACAUGCUGCAAUCACAUAUGUUGAUGUUUACUCAGUGAAGUACUCUCUCUUCAGCCAAGCAAGAAAGCAUGGGUUUAAGGAAUCAUUGAGAACUUGUUGUGGACAUGGUGGAAAGUACAAUUACAACAUUCAUAGUGGAUGUGGAGGGAAGAUAAAGAAGAAUGGGAAAGAAGUGUUGGUGGGGAAGUCAUGUGAUGAUCCAUCAGCUUAUAUUGUGUGGGAUGGUGUACAUUUGACUCAAGCUGCUAACAAGUUUGUCUUUGAUCAGAUUGUGAAUGGAUCUUUUUCAGACCCUCCAACACCUUUGAAAUUUGCCUGUCAUAGGCAAUAAAUAAUAAACCCAUCAUCAGAAGUUUUUGUUA